ACUAUAGAUUGAUUACUAGUUUAUCUUUCCAGUCUGAAAGGCUCCCUCAGCCUGUCAAUGCUGAGGGCCCGAAACUCCCAUAACAGGACUUAAGAGCUUGGGCAGCCAAUGUCUUGUGGGUUUGGCCUUCUGGGUGUCUGAUACUUGAGCCUGGUGUGGUUACUCUUGACCCCUGACUCCCACCCCAUCCAGUCCGGUGGCAGGGGCUAUGUGGAUCAGCUGCCUGAUGGGCUGCCUGGGCUUAGGUUAAGUCUAAAGGACAUUUACAUUUGGCUCAGCAUAUGCAGAACAAGCAGAAUUUUCUGCACUGAGUGGAACAGGUGGUCAGAACUAGCAUUUCUUUACUCUGCCUGGUGCUUAAGUUACUAAUUCAUUAGGGUUCCAGUGUAGCGCCAGAACAAGGCCCCUUGCUUACCUCAAGUUUGGCAGGAACCGGUUUAAAGAGAAGCAGUGUGAUCACAACUGGUUGCAGUUGAGGGCCUGAAAGUUAUGUGCAGUAUGGUUUUCAGUUGUUCCUUUGCUGGCCCUUGUGAACUGUGCCUUAGUAGAGACACUUUGUUCCUGCUGCCUCCAAAGAUCAUGAGAAAGGUACGACUGCUAAGAAGUUAUGUUUUCCAAAGAGCUCAUCUUAGCUCCCUUCUUGUGUGGUCCCCAAGUUCACUUUGCAUCACCGGGGCCUGCCUUCCUAACAUGAAGCCCCUCUGCUGAUGCUUCCAAGUUCCUCCUGCACUUUCUCCUGCUGACUGCUUUCUGCUUACGGGAGGAGGGAAGCCCAGGGCGCGUUCUUCAUCAUCCUUGCAGAUACAUCAGUGAUCCAGCAACCAUCUGUGGAGAACACAGACCCUUGCCGGCAUUUCACCUCGCCUCCUGGAUGUGGCCAGGUCAGCAAGAUGUCAACAUGGCAAGAUGUGAUAAUUAAUGGCGUUACCUGCUCUUUACCCGUGGCUCUGCAGCCCCACCUUUCCAGCCACCUGUCUGCCCAGACACCUACAGCAGAAAUUAGGGCCCAGUGGCACCAAGAUGCCUGUCUGUAGGUUGCAAAUGCAUUCUUUCUAGUUUCUGUAUCUGGACCCUGGGAGGUCUCACCUGUGUCUAGUCUUCGUUUUCAGAGUCUUGUCAGGACAGUGCCUGAAGAAUCUGAAUGCAUAAGAUGCCUGGAUGUGGGUCCCGGACAGGGUGUAGGGAUCCUCUGGUCCCAGUCAGAAAACUCCAUGGAAGGGAAUAGAAUUUCUUCAACCUAAUGGCAGGUUUGAGUGGAAUACAACAUUGGCUUUGGGCCAAUCAACCACACCUGUUCCAGUGGGCGGGGCCCGAGUCCGCAAAAGGUAGGCGGGCCCGGAGGAGCAGGCCCUAGAGCACAAAGCGAAUGUGCAGCUGCGGCCUGCCAGGCUCCAGAGGGAAUCUGCGCACCACCCAGGAGCGGGAUGCCCAGGCAGCAUCAGCCACGCAGCGGCGCCAGAGCUCACAGUCAGGCCGGUCCUCUGUUUGCCAAGAUGUCACGUGGUACGGGGCCGCGGAGCUCGAUGAUUGGCCGCCAGCGAAACUCUCGUCCCGCCCACCUCGGUCACGUGGUACGGCCGGCGCAGCUUGAUAACGCAGCUCCCAGCCCCUCGGCGCCGCUCCUGCCCCGCCCCGCCACCGCCGCCGCGCCGAGUCCUUUUGUCCAAGAUGGCGGCGCCGGGGGCGCUGCCUCCUGGGCUGCCGCCGCUGUCGCUCUGAGGGACUUGCGGGCCGCCCGCCCGCCGAGCCGGCGCGAUGAAGCGGCAGAACGAGCGAGACUCCAGCCCGAGCGGGCGUGGCUCGUCAUCUUCCGCCAAGCGGCCGCGGGAGCGCGAACGAGAGGCAGAGGCGGGCGGGCGGCGAGCAGCGCACAAGGCCUCCGGCGGCACCAAGCACCCGGUUCCAGCGCGGGCUCGUGACAAGCCCCGCGGCAGUGGCGGAGGCGGCGGGCAUCGCGACGGGCGCGCUGCCGGGGAUGCGAAUCACCGAGCGAGCAGCGGGCGCUCCUCGGGCGCGCCCGGAGGCGGAGGACGCACCGGCAAGGCCUCCGGGGACCCGGGUGCUGGCGGCGCGUCGCCCCGUGCAUCUCCACUCCCGCCGCCCCCGCCGCCCCCCGGGGCGGAACCUGCGGGUCCCGGUUCCACGACGGCUCCGGAGUACAAGACGCUCCUCAUCAGCAGCCUGAGCCCCGCACUGCCGGCCGAGCACUUGGAGGACCGGCUCUUCCACCAGUUCAAGCGGUUCGGUGAGAUCAGCCUGCGCCUGUCACAUACACCGGAGCUGGGCCGCGUGGCCUAUGUGAACUUCCGGCACCCACAGGACGCGCGUGAGGCCCGCCAGCAUGCCUUGUCCCGGCAGCUGCUGCUCUACGACCGCCCGCUCAAGGUAGAGCCGGUGUACCUGCGCGGCGGCGGCGGGAGCAGUCGGCGCAGUAGCAGCAGCAGCGCCGCCGCCUCCACGCCGCCCCCGGGGCCUCCCACGGCCGCCGACCCUCUGGGCUAUCUGCCCCUGCACAGUGGCUAUCAGUACAAGCAGCGCUCGCUGUCUCCGGUAGCCGCCCCGCCCCUGCGGGAGCCCCGUGCGCGACACACCACCGCAGCCUUCGCCCUGGAUGCUGCUGCCGCGACUGCCGUGGGACUGUCUCGGGAGCGAACCCUGGACUACUACGGGCUGUACGACGACCGCGGUCGCCCUUACGGCUACCAGGCUGUGUGCGAGGAGGACCUAAUGCCAGAGGAUGAUCAGAGAGCCACUCGAAAUCUCUUCAUUGGGAACCUGGACCACAGUGUAUCUGAGGUGGAGCUUCGACGGGCCUUCGAGAAGUAUGGCAUCAUCGAGGAGGUGGUCAUCAAGAGGCCUGCCCGCGGCCAGGGGGGUGCCUAUGCCUUCCUUAAGUUUCAGAACCUGGACAUGGCACACAGGGCCAAGGUGGCUAUGUCUGGCCGGGUGAUUGGCAGAAACCCCAUAAAGAUUGGCUACGGCAAGGCUAACCCCACCACCCGCCUCUGGGUGGGUGGUCUUGGACCUAACACCUCGCUGGCGGCCCUGGCCAGAGAAUUCGACCGCUUUGGGAGCAUUCGGACCAUCGAUCACGUCAAAGGAGACAGCUUUGCCUACAUCCAGUACGAGAGCCUGGACGCAGCCCAGGCUGCCUGUGCUAAGAUGAGGGGCUUUCCCUUGGGUGGCCCAGAUCGCAGGCUCCGGGUGGAUUUUGCCAAAGCAGAGGAGACUCACUAUCCCCAGCAGUACCAGCCCUCACCUCUCCCUGUGCAUUAUGAGUUGCUCACUGACGGAUAUACCCGGCAUCGAAACUUGGAUGCUGACCUUAGGGUGCGGGAUAGGACCCCUCCACACCUUCUGUAUUCAGACCGAGACCGGACCUUUUUGGAAGGGGACUGGACCAGCCUCAGUAAAAGUUCGGACCGCAGAAACAGCCUGGAGGGCUAUAGCCGCUCAGUGCGCAGCCGGAGUGGUGAGCGCUGGGGGGGAGAUGGGGACCGGAGCAUAGCCAAGCCCUGGGAAGAGAGACGCAAGCGGAGGAGCCUUUCCAGUGACCGUGGGAGGUCAGCUCACUCCCCUUAUGAGGAACGGAGCAGGACCAAGGGUGGGGGACAGCAGUCUGAGCGAGGCUCGGACCGCACCCCCGAGCGUAGCCGAAAGGAGAACCACUCCAGUGAAGGGACCAAGGAGUCAGGCAGCAACUCCCUCAGCAACAGCAGACAUGGUGCUGAGGAGAGGAGCCACCAUCACCACCACCACGAGGCUCCAGACUCUUCCCAUGGGAAAAAGACUAGAGAGAGUGAACGCAAUCAUCGGACCACUGAGGCAGAACCCAAGACUCUUGAAGAGCCAAAACAUGAGACCAAAAAGCUAAAGACUCUCUCAGAAUAUGCGCAGACACUGCAGCUGGGUUGGAAUGGGCUUCUAGUGUUGAAAAACAGCUGCUUUCCGACAUCUAUGCACAUCCUUGAGGGGGACCAGGGGGUCAUCAGUGGUCUCCUCAAAGACCACACUUCUGGCAGCAAGCUGACCCAGCUAAAGAUUGCCCAGCGUCUUCGACUGGAUCAGCCCAAGCUGGAUGAGGUCACCCGUCGCAUCAAGCAGGGGAGCCCUAACGGCUAUGCUGUGCUCCUAGCCAUCCAGUCAACCCCCAGCGGGCCUGGCACUGAGGGGAUGCCCGUGGUGGAGCCAGGCCUACAGAGGCGGCUUCUCAGGAACCUAGUCUCCUACUUGAAACAGAAGCAGGCUGCGGGAGUGAUCAGCUUGCCGGUGGGUGGGUCCAAGGGCAGAGACAGCACUGGCAUGCUCUAUGCCUUCCCGCCCUGCGACUUUUCCCAGCAGUACCUCCAGUCAGCACUGCGGACAUUGGGCAAGUUAGAGGAAGAACACAUGGUGAUAGUUAUAGUAAGAGACACCGCCUAGCCCACACCUGUGUCUUCCAGCUGUGUUUGUGUCACAGAAGCAGUUACUUUAAGAAUCUGCUCCUUCUCCACCUACCUUGUCCCUUGGUUUGAAUUCUCUGCUGGGUUUUUGUGGUUCAUUUGGUGGCAUCCUGUCUACUGCUAAAACUAUGUUCUUAGAUUUGGGGGGAUUUCUGUUUUUUAUAAGAAGAAACUGUUAUGUUUCCCGUGUAUGAGAUUGUCUGCUGUAUUCUGUAUUUUUUUAUAUUUUAUUUUAUUUUUUUGACUAACUGUAUGGAAAAUUGUCAGUAAAGCCUUUGUCAGAGGAUGAAUUUUUAAUCCCA